AUACUGAGGAGAGGAGGGGGAGCAAGAGAGAAAAGAGAGCGGCAACAACACAGUCACAUCUGGAAGUUAUUGAGAAGUAGAGAGAGUGAGGGAGAGAGAAAGAGAGAGAACUGUAUUGUGAAUUGAAAAGAGGGAGAAAGGAUAAACAAACUCUAGAUGUAGAGAUAGAUAGACUUGUUAAAUGUAUCAACUGAGUUAAGAUUCAUGGGAGGACAGAGUUUAUCUAAAAUUUGACAAGAAUUCUACAGUGGACAGAGAGAAAGGAACAGAGGAAAAGAAAGAGAGAGCGCAAGAAACUGUAAUUCUAUCCUAAGAACAAUCCAUACCAAGAGGGGAGAACGACAGAGAGGGAAAACUAAUGUAGCUUUCUAAUCUGGAGGACUGUCUAAAACAGAACAAAGUGGUCUGAAUCAAAACGUAUGUUAUUGAGUUGAAAUUAAAUCAACUCAACAAAGGAGAAGUGUCCAGAGAACAAAAGAGGAGUCCCCUAGUCUGGAAUUCUUCUACGCAUUUGUCUCCCUAUCAAGCCUGUGGAGUCAACCGUCAGACAGGAUGUCAGCCUCUCGGAGGUGCCUGUGCUGCGUGAAAUACCUCAUGUUCGUCUUCAACCUCAUCUUCUGGCUGGGAGGGUGUGGUCUGUUUGGAGUGGGAGUGUGGCUAUCAUUCACCCAGUCCGAGUUCUCCUCCCUCCCGCUGUCUUUUCCCUCACUCUCUGCAGCAAACCUACUUCUGGUCGCUGGGGGCGUCACCAUGGUGACAGGCUUCCUCGGUUGCCUUGGCGCCCUGAAGGAGCAGCGCUGCCUGCUGAUGACGUUCUUUGUAAUCCUUUUGCUCCUGGUGUUGACAGAGGUGACUCUAACCCUGGUUCUCCAUAUCUUUCACAACGAGCUGGACACGAAAGCUCAGGAUGAUUUAAAGGAGGGGAUGAAGAAUUACUUGACAGACGAAGGACUGAAGAAGUCAUGGGACAAUGUGCAGAAAAUGUUCAAGUGCUGCGGCGUGACCAACAAAACAGAUUGGUACCUCGUGGUCAACGGAACGCUCCCCUUUUCCUGCUGCUCUGGGGGGAUGGACCAAUGUGUUGAAGGAUGGAUCGAGCCGUGUUAUCAGAAGGCCAGACAGUGGCUCCUGGACAACAUCCUCUCUGUCCUGGUGUUUGGAGUCUGCAUUGGCAUUGUCCAGAUCCUGGCUCUGAUUUUCUCCCUGCUGAUGUACUGCCAGAUCCUCCGUGCUGAGAAGUACCUGGACUGAUCUGGGACUGGUCCUUCACAGACAGGAGAAGCUGAAUGAGAGACUCCCUAGCUGGCACAGAGUUCAUCUAACGUUUCUUUAAGGUUUUCCUUCGGUUAUUUGAAAAAUAACUUCUCCACGCCGAUGUGGGAACUAAAAGAAAAGUGUUAGCUGGUGUGUUUUAUACCAACUGCUGGGAAUGGUUUUUCAGAACAUUAAAUCCAGAUCAAAAUCAUCCUUUUUGUGUGUUCAAUUCUGUUAAGUUUAAUAAAAUAUAUUUGAAUGAGAACACAUCACCCAUUUGAAGGGUUAUUUUCAUCUGGAUUGAUGGUUCUUAGAACACUGCACUAAAAACCAUGGACAAGCAGUGAGACUUGCCCCAAAGAAACACUUAACACUAUUCUGUUCAACUGCAGCAUAUUUUAAACAAAAGUCUAAACUAUAUAUUUUAAAGUGAGCCUUACCAAAACAAAUAAAAUGUAAAUACAUUGUAAUUUGUA